CGCGUGCGCGUGUGAACGCGGAAACGAGCGUAGAAUGGAGUUGCGGAGAGCAAGUCCCUGAUGUACCCCACAAAACCGGGAAGAAGAAGAAGAUUCAGCCAUUUUCUGUAACUCCUACAUAUGGAUGUGACAGAGGAGACAUACCAGGCCAACAUGAAUGACACAGAGAAAUGGACUGUAAAUGUUAAGCUAGAGGAGGAAGAGUGUGAAUGGAAACGAGUGUACCAUAAACAUGAGAGUCUGGACAUUAAGGAUGAGGAUUGUGAACAGGGAACAGGUGGCUUCAAGGCAGAAGCUGAGGAGAAGCCUGUCAUCAGCGAUAGGCCGGAAUGUCAACUCAUUGGCCAAGUCAAGGAAGAAGCCCUUCGGUCAGAGUCUGCCUGUCACUCUGGGGGUCUAAGCGGAUUCGUCUCCUCUCAAACUGGAAACUGCCCUGUUCAGGAGCGUUCUGUCAGCGUGAAGUCUGAUAUUGAUUCAGACACAAAGACCACUGAGGAAACAUUAAGGAGAUCACCAGGAUAUCCAUCAUUGACGAAUCAUCCUGGAGAAGAUACUCAAGAGGGUCCCAGCUUUUCCCCAUCUUUAUCUGUGAAUCAUGUGGAGAACAGACUAAAACAGAUGCUGCAUGAUAAAAAUAUGGAGAAAUUUGGAUCAACUAUGUUGACACCAAUCUCUUUGAAGUUUAGUUCUCUGCCUGUGAUGAAAUUAAAAGGGAUAGACAAUCAGCAACAGGUGCGUAGUAACAGUUUGGGUGCUUUGAACGUAUGCGAUGAGCCAAGGGAAGGUUUUACUUGCAAACCAAAGGGUAAAAGCAAUCAGCAGCAACAUAAAAAUCAGAUGCCAUAUUGUUGUUCCAAUUGUGGCAAACAAUUUCCAAAGAGAAGUAUCCUUCAGGCCCACACAAGAAUUCACACUGGAGAGAAGCCAUAUUGCUGUUCUCAAUGCGACAAAAAAUUCUCAAGCUCGAGUAAUCUUCGAGUCCACAUGAGAAUUCAUACUGGAGAAAAACCGAAUUGUUGUCCUGAGUGUGGCAAAAGAUUCUCAAACAUGACCAUUCUUAAGACCCACAUGAGAAUUCACACCGGAGAGAAGCCAUAUUGCUGUUUGCAAUGUGACAAAAACUUCUCAAAUAUGAGUAAUCUUCAGGUCCACAUGAGAACUCAUACUGGAGAGAAACCGUAUUGUUGUCCUGAGUGUGGCAAAAGAUUCUUGGACAUGAGCACUCUUAAGAACCACAUGAGAAUUCACACCGGAGAGAAGCCAUACUCUUGUUCAGAAUGUGGAAAACGAUUUUCACACAUGACCACUCUCAAGUGCCACACAAGUAUCCAUUCUGGUAAGAAACCAUACUGCUGUUCUGAUUGUGGUAAGAGAUUCUCACAAAAGAGCCAGCUUCAGACCCACACAAGAAUUCAUACAGGCGAGACACCACAUUCCUGUUCUGAAUGUGGUAAGAGAUUCUCACAAAAGAGCCAGCUUCAGACACACAGAAGAAUUCAUACAGGGGAGACACCAUAUUCCUGUUUUGAAUGUGGGAAACAAUUUUCAAGGAAAGACCAUCUUAAUGCCCAUGCAAGAGUUCAUACAGGUGAAAAGCCAUAUAGCUGUUGUGAAUGAGGGAAAAGUUUCUCACAAAUGAGCCACCUUCAGAAGUACACAACAGUACAUAUUGGGGAGAAACCCCACACUGGCUGCCCCCCAAAUCACUCAUUAUACUCUCUGUUUUGUUCUUUCUCUCCCAAGGACAAAUACCUGUCCCUACUACCCUCUACUCUUUACUUUGCAACGCAUCUUAUAAACCUCUGCCCUUGAUUUCUCUUUGGUCUGGAGACUUUUCCCCUCUCAGUUAUCACCAAUAGAAAGUUUGGUUCUGGAAACCCAAAUUAUCAGCACACCCAGUUCAGAAUUCUUGACAGACUUUAUCCUACUCCCUGUAAGCGGUCUUACUGUCAAUCCUCUCUGUCAUUUAUCUUCCCUUGGUUUACCCACCACUUUUUCUCCACACCUACUGCCUUCCUUCCUUUCCUGCAGUAUUCCUGUGUUACCUCAAAUCGUUCUUCUUUUAGACCUUUCCUGGCUUCCACUCAAACUCUCUUAAUGCAAGUUAUUCUGGCUGGGUACCCUGGCAACCAAAUUAAUUUUUGCCUCCCACUGGAAAACACCUGAAUGCAUCACUGUGGACGACUAGCAGACCUCCUUCUACAACUUCAUACAUUUGGAGUUGUCUGUGGCGCAUUAAUGGGCCUUCCAGUAAUGUAAUUGAAACCUGCUCUGCUGUAGCUCAAUUGUGUAAAACUUGGCUUGACCUUUUUUUUCACCCCUUGGCUCAGGCUGGGUGGGAGUGGGUGGUCUGGCUUCCUUUGUAUGCUAUGUCCGCUUAUUGUUUAUAUCCUGUCAUUUUGUUCUUUUUUUUUAAUAAAUAAUUGAUGAGAAAAAAGUACAAUUCCCUACCAAAUCUACUCAAGUACAUGUAAUUUGUUAGUUUCCACCUCUGGGUUUCAAUCCCUCUUAGAUGGGUAGCACAGCUAGUUUAAUUAUAUGUGAACAACUUCUAGGGUUGUAUCUUU